GCCUCUAUUGGCUGCAGAAAGCCAGAGACGCACAAACCGAAGGCGAAGCGCCUCCUUCGUCAACCAGCAGCACCAGCCCCCUCGCCCCACCCCACCCCCUUGGGAGGGAGAGCAGCAUUGCUCGGGAAACAGUUAUUUAUUUAUUUAGGGGGGCGGCUGAUGGGGGGGGGGAGAGAAAUCAUGUGCCUGCUCUCCCCUCCCCCCCCCAUCCCCAAGCUGGGAUGAAUGCACCUCAGAUGUUGUUUCUGCUGCUCUGAUGUUGGUGGCUUGAGAGCCCCCCUGGUUCAAAGCGAACCGGAGGCGCUGGCAUUGACAAGCGGGUCAGUUUCACGCUCUUGCUGCCCAAGCGUUUGGUUCCCCUCGCUAAGCCCCGCGCCGAGCCACCUCCUCCCCGCUGCAGGGGGUACAAGCGAGGGGCUCCAUCAUGGGGUCCAGGCUGAGCAGACAAAGCAGCCUGGAGGAGGAGAGCGCCUCUGGAGAAGUCUCGUGCCCCAGGUUAGCUAGGAAGGAGCCGCACAGGAGGGUGGAGACUAACCGAGGGGACUUUCAAUUCGCUUCCCUGAUCCUGAACUCCGAGAAGCUGUCCAGGAAAAACCACCCGGCGCCCUACGUGAGGAGGGUGGGAUGGAUCCGAGAGAUCCAGGCGACCAUCCGGGAACACAAGAGAGAGCACGCGGUCCGCAUUCUCAGAUUGCUCAGAAAGGACCUGGGAUUGGAAGGUACGUGCCUCAGUGAAGUGCUCUACAAGAAUGCUACUUUCCUCAACUUGGUGGACCCCAUUUCCCACGACCUGCUGAUGAACCUCGCUAGAGAUCUGCAGUGCCCCAAAAAGGAAUACGACCCCUGGAAGUCCGCGGACAGGAUCUGCAGGCAGCUGAUUUACCACUUGAGCCCUCACUCCACGUGGCAUAGGCACGGCAUGCCCCGCAGGAAGUCCCAAGCAUGCAAGUCAGAUGGGCCCGGAAGAUCAUUAACAAGCCCUGCCAUGGAGAGAACUGGGAGCAUCUGCCAGCCUGAAGACCAGCCUGCAGAAGAAGCUGAGCCAGGACUCCAUGGAUUUAUCAGGGAUUCCCCUGACCAUGCGGGAUGUCCACCGCAUGGCCUAUUACCUACAGAACAACGGGAACAACCUCACUGCGGUGGACCUGAGCUUUACCGAGAUGACCGACGACAUGGUGCGCCUGCUCCUGCCCUUCUUCUGGGCGCUGCCCAAUCUCACUCACCUUUCCCUCAACGGCAACCGGCUGACCCGAGCCACCACGAAGGAGCUGACGGACACCAUGAAGGACAUGAACAAGUUCCCGUGCUUGGCCUGGAUAGACCUCGGCAACAAUGUGGACGUCUCCUCCAUGCCACAGCCUUUGCUGGUGGGCCUGCGCAAGCGCCUCAGCCAGCAGACAACGCUGCCCACCAUCUACGAGUCCCUCGACUGCGACGCCGAGCUGUCCGGUGGACACGAGGCCAGCUGCCAGGAGGAGGAGGGGUGUGUGGCUGAAGACAAGGACACCCCAUGUGACUUCCCCCAACAGUGCUGCGAAAGGUGAUUCAGCAGCAGACCUUAGCUGUCGGACUGAUGCCGUGGCAAGGAGAGCUCGGAGUACAAACGCAAUGCAGAAGGCCAGCUUCACCGGCUUCCUUUGGCACUUCUCUUGCCUUCACUGACAUCCCAGACUUGCCGUGUUCUCAGUGAAAGCCUGCCUCUCCCCCGCCCCCCACUGCCAAACCUAUCACCCCCAUUCCAAACAGGAAGCAGAUACUCACAGCGAACCUGGCCUCGUCAGAGCAGGAUCUCAUUGGAAGAUGGGAACUGAGCUGUAGGACUCGGCAUAUUCCCCAGAGGCUAUUGAGGGGCGUGGUGGGGGAGGAAAAACCUAAACAAAAAGCAACAUCUCCUCCUAGGUUAUUUCCUUUCUUCCUUUUCUUCCUUGUCCUGUCAUUGUUGGGGCCUGAGACCUGAAGUUGUGAGGUGGGAGCUGCCCCAAGGGUCGAGGGUCUGUCGGGCUUUGUUGAAUGCAUCAGAGACUGGAGUCAGAGCCCAGCAGAGCGUGUCUUCCCCUUGAGCCUGGCUCAAUAUGUUUUUUUCAUUGUGUGAUUUGUAUUAAUGUCCAAACAAAGGGAAUUGCAAUCAGAGGCCCAACAGAGUGUGCAGGCCGGGGAGGACACGUGACAUGGAAUUGCAGUGUCAGGAUAUUUAGGGGCAGGGUAUGUGUGUGCAUUGGUGGAAGUGUGGUGGGGGUGUUGAUUGGGAGGGGCGGGGGACAAGGGGAGGGAAUAGCCAUUCCUUGUGGAUUAACAUGAUCAGUUUUACAAACUCUGCUUUGUACAAAACCAACAAAUCAAAACUAAAAGACAGGAGUGGGGGGAGGGGAGAAGCUCACGGAAAAGUCCAUUAUGGUGGGGGCUAGGGGGCGAGAUGUGGCAAAGCCGCUUGGCCCGGCCCAAACUGCAGCAGAACUUUGGGUUGCUCCUUGUUAGACAUGCCGUGCAUCUGACCAUCUGUAGCCAGGGUUCCUAAUAUUAUAGAUAUGAUGGGAACGGUCGAGUCACCAUUACUAACACCAUCCUGGAAACCCAACUAGCGAUGCAAGAUUCCCAGUGUUUUCCACGUUGCCAUGCUGUAUGUGAACACAAUAAAUGGUUCUCUUGGACAUGAAAGUAAAGCACGAA